AAUACACUGGAUUUUUGUUAGAAAUUCUGCAAGAAUUAUACAAUCAGUAAAGAUGUCAUACAUAGUGAAAGGAGUUAAAUGUUGCAGUCCUGUGAAUCAGAUGCACAAAGUAACAGGAACUCUGUUUAAAGCACACAUAUUAAAGAACAUAUUAGGCAUCAAUGAACAACAACGCAAAAUUUCACGUACAUCAUCUCAACUUAGUUCUGAAAAGGCAAACUCUUAUAAUUAUGUCAUUGUUGGAGCUGGAUCAGCAGGGUGUGUAUUAGCCAACAGGUUGACUGAAGACCCUCUCAGUACCGUACUACUUUUGGAAGCAGGCCCUAAAGAUACCCUUUUAGGUAGCAAAAGACUGAUGUGGAAGAUUCAUAUGCCUGCUGCAUUAACUUACAACCUCUGUGAUGAGAAAUACAACUGGUAUUACCACACAACAUCACAAAAGCAUAUGGAUAACCGAAUUAUGUACUGGCCCCGUGGAAGAGUGUGGGGUGGCUCCUCUUCUCUCAAUGCUAUGGUAUACAUUCGUGGACAUGCAGAAGAUUAUAAUCGAUGGAGCAGGGAAGGGGCUAUAGGAUGGGACUAUGAACAUUGCUUGCCCUAUUUUAAGAAGGCACAGACACAUGAGCUCGGGCCAGAUCAGUACAGAGGUGGAAAUGGACCCCUGCAUGUGUCAAGAGGGAAAACAAACCAUCCUCUCCAUCAUGCGUUCCUGGAGGCAACCCAGCAAGCUGGGUAUCCCUUCACAGAUGAUAUGAAUGGCUAUCAGCAAGAAGGAUUUGGCUGGAUGGACAUGACUGUACACCAAGGUCAAAGAUGGAGCACAGCUAGUGCCUACCUUCACCCAGCCAUAUCACGCCCAAAUUUGUCAGUCACAGAGAAGACACUUGUAACAAAAAUCUUGUUUCAAGGAACAAAAUCCAUUGGUGUUGAGUAUGUGAAAAAUGGGCAAACGAAAAAGGCUUUUGCCAGUAAAGAGGUUAUUUUAAGUGGAGGUGCCAUAAAUUCUCCACAGCUGCUUAUGUUGUCUGGGAUCGGCAAUGCAGAUGAUCUAAAAAAACUGGGGAUCCCUGUUGUUUGCCAUCUUCCUGGAGUAGGCCAGAACCUUCAAGAUCAUUUAGAAGUGUAUGUCCAGCAAAAGUGCACCAAACACAUUACUCUAUAUAAUGCACAAAGGCCGGUUAACAUGGUGAGGAUUGGUCUAGAAUGGCUUUGGAAGUUUACAGGUGAGGGAGCCACUGCCCACUUAGAAUCUGGUGGUUUUAUCCGAAGUGAACCGGGGGUUCCUCACCCCGACAUUCAGUUCCACUUUCUCCCUUCUCAGGUGAUUGAUCAUGGUCGGGUUGCUUCCACAAUGGAAGCUUACCAGGUCCACGUGGGACCCAUGAGGAGCACAAGUGUGGGCUCGCUAAAGCUGAAGAAUACAGACCCAAAUGACCAUCCUAUCAUUGAGCCAAACUACAUGUCAACAGAAAGAGAUAUUUGGGAAUUCCGCCAGUGUGUCAAGUUGGCCAGAGAGAUCUUUGCUCAGAAAGCAUUUGAAAACUUUCGCGGGCCUGAAAUUCAACCAGGAAGCCAUGUUCAGUCUGACAAAGAAAUAGAUGCUUUCAUAAGGCAGAAGGCUGAUAGUGCUUAUCAUCCUUCCUGCACCUGUAAAAUGGGUCAGCUUUCAGAUAGCACUGCUGUAGUUGAUCCCCAAACAAAAGUAAUUGGUGUUGAAAACUUGAGAGUAGUAGAUGCUUCAAUAAUGCCCAGUGUUGUCAGUGGAAAUUUGAAUGCCCCAACAAUUAUGAUAGCAGAGAAAGCUGCAGAUAUAAUUAAGGGCCUCCCGUCACUUCAGGAGAAAAAUGUUCCUGUAUAUAAGCCCAAAACCUUGGAAACACAGAGAUAGACAAAUGUUCUCAUACUUUCACAUCUUUUGGUACUUAGGCUUUCAUCAGCAUGUUGGUAUCUCAUACUGAACAUGCCAACAAAAUAAA